CAAAUCGAUAGUUCCAGAGUGUUUAUUUCAAGCCUUGGAAUUAACCGCAAUAUGGCACCAUCAGCUAUUGAAAACCCUGUUUCUAAGGUGUCUCCAAGUCAAAUUCUGGUGAAGCCAUGGAGCCGCCCAGCCCAUACCAAGGAAAACCUCGAUUGGGCUCCGUUGACCAAGAUUGAUCUCUCGCGCUUCGAUCAGCCUGGUGGAAAGCAAGCACUAGCCAAAGAGCUCUACGAUGCCGUCACUAGAGUUGGCUUCUGGACUGUCGUCAAUUCAGGAAUUGACGAUGCACGAGUCCUUCGCCAAUUUAGCGUUGGAAACACUUUCUUUAAGGAACCGCUAGAGGAAAAGCGCAGAUUUCCCUGUAACUUUGCUGAAGGAGAAUACUUUGGAUAUCGAGAGAAUAGCCGCUGGGUGGGUGACACUGGUGUUAAAGAGAACAUCGAAAUGCUUAAUAUCCCGAAAGCUAUCUCGGCAUAUACUGAUGUUGGUAAACAUAAGAUAGUUGAGGAGCAUUAUGAUGAGAUUGCCACUUUCCAUCGAGAGCUCUGGGAGAAGGUGAUACGAAAACUCUUCGUUCUGAUCGCCAUUAUUCUAGAGCUACCAGAGAAUUACUUGGUUAAAGCUCAUGACUACGACCAGGAGUCAGACGAUCAUCUCAGGUAUAUGAUAUAUAAUGUCAGAACUCAAGAUGAGUGGGAUCGUACGCAGGCCUACUCUAAGGGCGGGCACACCGAUUUCGGAAGUUUAACGCUCCUCUUCUCUCAACAUGUCGCUGGCUUGCAAAUCCGCACGCCUGAAGGAGAAUGGAAGUCGGUUAAGCCAGUUGAAGGUGGCAUUACUUGUAAUGCCGCUGAUACUUUGACUUUCCUGACGAAUGGCUUCAUCAAAUCCACCGUUCAUCGAGUCGUGACACCACCAAAGGAUCAGAUCCAGAUCCCACGUCUUGGAUUGCUAUACUUUAGCCGUCCAGGUGCAAAUACGCCCAUGAAGACUGUGCCAUCGCCGCUCUUGGAUCGCUUAGGUCUUUUGAGCGCCGAGGAUAAGGAUGAGACACGAAUAGUCCCAACCGGAACCGAGUAUGUGCGAGCUCGUGUCAAGGACGUCCAUUACAAGACCGUCCUCGACAAGCGAGAGGGCACGUCUUUCGAAUUCAACGGACUAAAAGUGCAGAACUAUUAUGAGUGAACAUGAGAGUCGCUGCAGCAGUGUUGUAAUGAUGCGGCCUUGCAAUAGCGAGUCAAUAGAAAGGAACAAGACGCGAGCCUGCAAUGAAAAAUAAGCUAUAAACA